AUGUUCUCGGUAGUUUCCAGCUGCCGCCUUUUGCGGGGUAGGCUUCAGAUGAGAGUCUGCUGGAAGCGCGCAGGCCUCCUCAGCACACCACACUCUCAGCUCAUGCAUGUGAAAGUCGGAGACCGGGCUGAGCUCAGCAGGGCCUUCACACAAAGGGACGUGGCCACUUUCUCAGAGCUCACCGGGGACGUCAAUCCUUUGCACUUAAAUGAAGAUUUUGCAAAACACACCAAGUUUGGAAGGACAGUUGUGCAUGGAGUUUUGAUCAAUGGGCUUAUUUCAGCCCUCCUGGGCACUGAAAUGCCAGGACCCGGCUGUAUUCUUAUCUCCCAGGAAAUUAACUUCCCGGCCCCUUUAUACACCGGAGAAGUGGUUUUGGCAACCGCAGAAGUCAAAAAAUUGAAGCGGUUCAUUGCUGUCGUGGCAGUCUCCUGCUCUGUACUAGAAAGUAAUAAGACUGUGAUGGAAGGCUGGGUUAAAGUGAUGGUCCCAGAAGCUCCUAAAUCCUGAACUGCAUUCAAACAUGUAAGUUCAGGGGUGGAGAGAGAGCUCAGUGGACUGAGCAUCUGGACUGCUCCAAAUGGCCCCUAAGCACAGCAAAGCUGGGGGUAACCUAUUAGCAGCACCAGGUGUAGCAACAAAAGAGAUGCAAGGCCAAUAGCUAUAGUACAGCUGGUAGAUUGUGUGCCUUACAGACAGCCCACCUGAGUUUGAUCCCUGGCAUCUCAUGGUCCUUUGAGUUCUACCAGGAGUGAUCCCUGCGUGUAGAUCCAGGAAUAAACCCUGACUAACACUGGAUGUAGCCCCAAAACAAACAAACAAAAAUUUUACUAAAA